CUAAGCCGUUUCCUGUACGUAACUGCAGUCUAGCGAAUCAAACAUACACGUCAGUGCAAGUGAGGUGUCAUGCUGGUUACGACGGUGGUCUGCCCCAGGAAUUUUUAUUGGAAGUUUACCAUGGCGAUAUCGACUCGCUGGCGAGCAUGAGGCCUCUUUACAAUGUCAGUAACAAAGACGAGCCAUUGUUUUUCCUCACUAAUUUAGAAACUUCUGUCGACGUGGGAGUUCACGUUCUUGUCUAUGCUGUCAACGCCAAAGGUCGUAGUCAACCAAUAGUGUUGAGUGAAGUUACCUUCCGAGAUGCUGAAAAGCGGACUGGCCAGGACGCAGGCAUGGGUCUGCCACCAUUACUAGGCGUACUGGUCGGUGCUCUGGUUACGCUUGGCAUGAUAAUAGUGGCAUUGGGGAUGCGAGCGAGACGAGAGCGUGGAGUCGCGGUAGCGAGUAAACCUCAGCGCCAAGAAAAGCCUGCCGAGUUAAGUGAGCUGCCCGUCCAGCAGUACGCCCUCCAAAGCCUCGAGCAGACCGUGGAGACCGAUCCCGACGUCAUACCCAACAAGUUCGAAGGUAACCUCAUCGAAGUUAGUCCACCGAGUUAUCCAGGAGGCGGUUACUCUCCGGGCCAAUGGGUAACACCAGGUCCGACACCUAGCAUCGACGAGUUGUGUCAUAAAUUCACGGGUCGACCGACGGAACUGAGGCUACCAGCGGCAACAGCUGCUGCUGCAGCGGCGUCAAUAGCAUCGAGAAAUACGUCGUCUAACUCAGCAACGCUCAACGCCACUGGACAUCUGCAUCAUCAUCAGCUACAGCAGCAGCAGCAGCAGCAGCAGCAGCAGCAGCAUCAUCCGCAACCUAACCCUACAGCACUGACGAAUACGGGGGUAGUGGUAGGCGCUGGCUCGUGUGUCGUCGUGGCGGGCGAGUGCCUCGACGGCGAGGCGAUAAAGCGUCGUCUCAUGGCCAACAGACUGCCCGAGAGCUGCGUCUAGAAGCUCUUUCUCGUGUGAGUUCCAUGCCAGAGACCACAAAAGACUUCAAAGCGAGUGUGCAUGUGCGCGCGCGUGUGUGUGUGCCGAGUGCGUCCCCUGAUUUUGCCAAGCGUCGUACCGAAAGAAUCCCACUCCUCUUUCCGUUAUCGUCGUUUCUCCAGCUUACCUCCCGGUUGACAAGCGCCAUGCUGAGGAGCGAGAUCCGGCCCUGGAGUGCGGCGAAUUCUCUGGAGGAGUGUCGCCGACUCUUUUCCGGAGGUGUGAAGGAAAAAAAUUCGAGAGAGCUGCUUGACGUUUCGUGCUGUGAAAAAGAGUGCAUACUCGGGGAUCAUGAACUGAGCGCUCUUCGCUGACUGACGGUUUGAGUUUCACUGCGACUAUGACUUCACUUGUCGAGCUGCAAUUAUGAUUUAGCAGUAAUUUAACUUGUUGAAAGUUUUAGCUAACGUAAUGUAUACCCUUUUUCAUUGGAAGUCUAUAUAUCGCGAUCCAUCGAGAAUAAUGGGGGCUAGAAAAUUAAAACUUGAAGAGAAAAGAAAAUUAAUGCACAAUCUGAAGCGUUCAAUUGACCCAGCUACGAAUGAAAUCUGAAAGAAAGCCGGUCAUUCAAGCCACCGAGGUGGGGCAGAGGGAAUGGGGAAGGGGUGUAGAAUGGGGGUCGGGGGCAACGACGCAAAUGCUCUACGCGCCUCUCUUUGAAAUUAAAAUUCAGGAAUCCCAGCCACUAUUGCCGAGAAUGGAAUUGUUCGAUUUCUCAACUUCCCUCCUACUCCUCCCUAUCCAACGGCCAUUCAUAUCGAGCAGCCUACAUUGAAGCCAAGCGUUGGUGACCCGCUUUGCCGACCAACAAACUCUCUCGUGGGAAUUCAACUCCGACGUCUCCUUGUUUCCGUGAAGAUCGUGUAAAAAACAGCUUCGUCUCCGCUUCUACUUCGACUUCUUCUGCCUCUUCCUCUUCUUUUUGUAGGCCGAAGCGCAGAAGGUUGAAAAAAAAAUGUUUAGCUAACGGGGGCAAGCUCAAUACUGAUUAAUUAAGACUAGUUUCAAGAGACUCGACGACAGACUUUUUCUUUCCCGUCGAUGUACGCUUAUUACAGACUUCAUUUGCUUAGCUUUCAAGCGCUCUCGUUCCCUCGGCAAAAGUAUCUUGAAUUUCAUUUCGAACCGGCUAUUAACGACAAAUGUCAAAUUUCUUAUCGACUCUAUUCCCUCCUCCCCACUACACUUCUUGAUUACAAAUGCCUUUACAGGAUAUUUCGAGCAAUGGAAGUUUUGUUAUUACGUCUGCCGUUUGAACCUGUCGCUUUCAGCACAACUCUUAAUCCUUCCUUCUUUUUUCAUUUAUUCAAUGAGCUCAAAUCGUAAAUUUAUUAUUUAUAUAUGUUCGUAAUAACGGAAAACUUUCAAUGAUUGUUCGCCUAUUAGGGCUUGCUUACGAACUGCAAACCAUGAAUACGGAUAUUUAAAUAAACAUAACUAAACCUAAGAAAAAAUAACUAAUUUACUUUAUAAACUGAGUUUGUUCUACAAUCAACUAUCUAAGAUUCUUUUUUAUAUUUGAUAAGGCUGUUUUCCAAGUGGCUCAAAUUUUUUUUUUAAUUUGAAUGAGUUUUUUCAAGUAAUCAAAUUAAAAAAGCUUCCCUAUGGAAUCCUUACGAAUCGAUUUAUUAAUCCGAAAAGGUGACUGAUGUUUCGGUGACGUUUCGUAUCACCUUUUUCAAGGCCUAAAAAUCAGUCGAACGUUAGAUUCUUGCCAAGCAAUUUAACAUAUUAUUUGAUAUAACCGAACAAUAACACAAAAUAAAACAAUACAUAUCGUGAACUGUUAACGUCAUUUCUAACAGAAAUUGUCAGAUUACUUACUUUUGUUUUGCAUACUCAAUAAACAUUGAUUGAUACAUCUGACAAUUUUUGUUAGAAAUUACGUAACAGUUCACAAUGUGUAUUGUUCUAUAUUGUGUUAUUAUUCCAUCGUAUCAAAUGACGAUACCAGAAUGUGAUAUUUGAUUACUUUUAGGCUUUAAAAAUGGUCAUUUAAAAUGUUACCGAAACGUUAACCAACUUUUCAAAUUAAAAAAACCAACUUGUAAUGUUCCUAAGAGGAGAAAUUUUUAUUUAACUAAUCAAAAAAAUCAAUUCUUAUUAUUUUUAUCUUUCUAAAAAUGAUUGCUAAUUAUUAUGCCUUUAAACAUAUGAUGAAUUAAAAUAUCGAUUCAAUAACUCUAAACGUAUCACUAAACAUAUCAGUUCAAACUUGCAAGUGGCUCAAUAUCCUGAUGAUAUUAUCGAUAUACUAUGUUCUCACUUAUAAAAGUCAAUUAAAAAGCUCAAAUACAACAUUUGAUAAUAAUUGUAUAAUUAUUAUGUACACGAUUAUUUCAAUUUACAUGGAUAUAUCAUUUAAUAUUUUUUAAUGGAGUUGACAGCCUAUGUAUUAUUAUGAAAAUAAGUAAAUAAAUAUUAAAUAAUUGACAUUUUUAAAUAAAUUUAUUAGUGAAAAAACGAAGAGACUGAUGAAGCGCAUAUAAAUUGCUACGGCCUAUUAUGCUAUUUAUGCUUCUACUACUCCUUAUGUUAAAAACUAACAGCGAUUACGUAAAUAGUAUACGCUAUCCUAUAUAAUUCAUGCGUUUCUAAUAAUGAUCUGACCUAGAUGACUGAAAUACAUUAAACAAAUAAACAAGAGUUAUAAUCGAUAUAAACGAGUUAUUGCGAAGAAAAAAAUCCAUCUAGUUCGAUAAGUAAAACUGAAAAGUACAACAAAAGCAAUAAGCUGAGUAACUUUGAAGACAAGUCGGAGUUUGCAAUUUCCUAGUUCACCCAACAUAUCGUGUGCGCAAGCGUGUAUAUCCCUGUUCAGCUUUAUUCCCGGCAAUUCGCAUGUGUAAAUCUCUCUCUAUACUUUUGCGAAAUUUCACCAAAAAGAGAGGCGCCGUAGCUAUAGAGGCGGGAAAUGAGCGAGAAGCCGGAAAACUGACCGCACUCGAAGCAGCAGUUAGGAGAGAAAGAUAAAGAGCUUGCGUCCGUCUGCGAAAAUCCUGAAUGAAGAUGGAUGAAGAAAUGACCUCGUGCGCGUUAGAAAGGAAGAAAAUGGAGGAAAGAAAGAAAGAGAUGAAUGCUGUGCGCGUUCGCGUAUUCCUUAAUAAGAGCAAACCAAGUGAUACAUAAAAUUCAAUUUAUAAAUUACACAGGAACGUGAUGAUUUGUAAGAGGCUCUUUUUCUUGUCUUCUCUCACCCUCUUUCUCUCUCUCUCUCUCUCUCUCUCUCUCACUCUCUCUGCAGAUCGUGCUCCCCACCUCCAUAAUCGAUCUCUUCGCUAGUCAAAAUCUAACAAUACUAUCGUCCAAUUUAUUGUGUUAGUGUUCUUUUUGCUUUCUCGUCAAUCUUAAUGUAUAUAAAAUGCGAGUAAUGAUUGACGACAACAAUCAUUGACGUUUUAUGUCUAAUAAUGUUUAUAGUCUAAAGGCCGUUAUGAGAUUUCAUCUGGAUUGAUAGCGACUGAUAUAUAUAUACAUAUAUAUAUAUAUACUUCAAUCCUUUAAUUAUACUCGUAAUGUAUAUUCAUUAAUAUAGUGCGUUAAACUAAGCAUCAGGAAUUAUUUACGGUUGUAUAUAAUACAUGAUUGCUCAAUCGAAUAUUUGUUGUUGUUUUUCAUACGUUUGUCUAAUAACAAUUCAUUAUGUUAUACACAUGUACAUAUAAAUAUGUGAGAAUGUGUGACUAUGAAAGCGGGCGAAUAUUACGCAUAUUCUACGUAAUUGAAUAAUAAAUAAAUUUAAAAAAAUCUAAAACUUUAUCUGUCAGACAACCUGUAUGUAUAAUUAUUGAUCGAGCGCCGGAAGAUAUAUUCAACAUUUAUUAUUCAUCAGCGGAAAAAUUUAAGUGUUUCAUUUAAACAAGUGGUCAUUCGAAUAUUCUAAUACUGUCAAUGAGGAUUAUAUCUUGUUUGAGUCAUCAUCGUACAAGUUCAUCAAUACUCACUGUCUUAGAUAUUUCGAUAUGAUCCACACUUUUGAGGAGCUUCUUAACAAACGACUUUCUCCUAGCUGGUACAAUUCAGAGCUACAGACAUGUUUGAGAUUUUUUCUUUGACAGUACUUGAUAUUUCGACUGACGGAGAAGGAAAGAACGGCACGUGUACUUCUUUUUAUGACGAGAUAACGAAAGCGCUUGUUACGAAGGUGUCUUCGAAUAUUCCGAUGCUGUCAAUGAAAGGACUUUUCUGCAAGAUAAAUAUCCUGUACGUUUGAAAAAUAUACGAACAUAAAUUUUUCAACUGAUACUCGUACGUGUACACGGUUUUAAUGAAUUUCUCGACAAUGCAACUUUCUUCAAUGAGAUACGAUUAAAGCAAGCCUAGAGACAAGUCAGAAAAGCUGUUCGUUGACAGCACUCGACAUCUGAAAAUGAACUCGCUUUCUUACAUGAGAAUGACGAAAACGCUCGUUACGAUAUCGUCUCGGAUUUUUAUGUACAUAUCUAGAACGUAGGAAUAAUUCCAAGUAUGUCGCGAGCGUGUGUUUGCAUGUACGAGUGUAUGCCAUAGGAAUUCGAGGCGAGAUAGCAAUCUCUCAGUAACAUGGAGGGGCGGAGGGUGGCAGGACUGUUGCUAAAGCUUAUCCGAUAAUUCCGAAGCGUUGUAUUCUUCGUGUGCGCGAAUGCGAGCUGAAAUUGCGUCUUGCGUUCGGCGGAUAUAACGGACGCGCUGUUUAUUUUCUCCUCAACGUAACGAGCACUUUUUUAAAUCUAUGUUAAUACCUAUGUUAAUACUUUUUACAAAUGUACCCUACACGUCACUGCCUGAAUAUACUCCAUGUAUUUCAGUCGAUGAAAGUAUAUUUUCUAUGUAUAAUCGUGUACAAAGAGCAUGCUGCGUGAUUUCGUUUUUCAAUUUUUCACUUUUUAAGAUUGCGAACGAAGGCUGUUGACAAUGUAGUGGAAUAAUGAAGCUCUCGUGCAGCGACAGCUGUAUCUAAUUCAGAUUAACGAGAGAGACUGAAAGCCUAUUGUACAGAAAAAUCGAGUAACAUCGAUACUCAAGGUAUGUAAAAUAACAACGGUAUAUUACUGUGCAUCCAUUCCCCAUGGAUUAUUCAAUAAUAGCAUUAAAUAAUCAUCCGUAGAUACGCAGAUAUCGACUCUAGUGCAUGCCUGACAGUGUAAUUGACGAGUAAGAGAGUGUUUUUGAAAAGAGCGUGCUAGUAAGGCCUCGCUGUGUAUAUCGUAUAAUAAUUAUAUUAUUGUUGAUGAAAUCUUGCGUUUUACCGAUGGAGUGUGCCGUCCCGAGUGAAGCGCUUCGAAUUAUAUAAAAAAUAUAUAAAAUAUGAUCCGGAGGGAGAAGUGGAUGAUGCUGAGGAAACAACAAUGAUAGUAACUUAAUCAAAGAAAGUGUAUAUAUCGUCGAUUAACUUUUUGAAAGACUGGGGUGAGAAAAAAAGUCCAUGUAAAUUAUUGAUGAUUGAUGCAGUAAACGAGGAAAAAAAAGUAUGAGGUUAUUGAAUUUAAAAAUAAAAAAACUCAUACAAAGACUUGUCACGCAAAGUGAGCGAUUUCAUAUCGAUCGUGCGUAUCGACUAAAUAAUUCAUAUGUAUAUAAUAUAUACAGUUUCGA